AUGAAGCUUCACGUGACCACGCUGCUCGUUAAAGAAGGCCUCGCGGUAUCUUGCGAAGAUGUCUCAGCUGCCGUCGCGUGCUUCCCGAACCUCACUCAUCUGCAUCUCAGCGACAACAGCAUCGGCGACGCCUUCCUCGCUCACCUCGCUGAUUCGUGCCCGAAGCUGACUCGCCUCCACGUGGGGAGGACCUUUGCACUACCGGGGAUCGAGGGCGACGGACUUCCUGUGUGCUACCAUUAUCGGAGGGAGAGGAAUCGUAUAAGUUUCGAGAACCUCACUGCGCUCACCACUGCGUACAUCACAGUCCCCAUCACCCGUCAGCACUUGUCCAAACUCCUCCACCUCCCGCGAUUGGCCCAUCUUUCCACCUUCACCCCGCGCUCUAACCAUCAGCCGACGUGUGCCGCAAGCGUGCCGCUGCCGUCGUGCAUUAAAUCUCUCGAGUUCUUAAGGAGCUGUCCUUAUGAGGACGCCAUGGUCUUCUCAUCAGCAUGGCAGUUCGCGGGGCUAGAGGAGCUGCUCAUCACCGGCUGCAGAGGGUUAGAAACCCUUCCAGACUGCAUCGGAGAAUUUAUGCCGUGCCUUCGCAAGCUGACGGUUGGCGGAUGCGAUGAUUUCACUCACCUGCCUGAAACCGUCACUCUUCUGAGCCUGGAAACUCUCAUCAUCUCAGGCUGUUACGAAUUUCAUACCUUACCCAGCAGCUUCGAUCACCUGCCCGCUUUAAAAGUCCUGGUGCUGGAGGAUCUGCCUUUAACCGCACUCCCGCCUUCAUUCUCUCAUCUUACGACUCUGGAAGCACUCUUCAUAACUAAGUGCUGGGAGUUUUGGCAGGUGCCAGCAGAUGCCUUGUGUCUCACGGCUCUCAAGGUGCUCUGCAUCUCCGAAUCACAUCAGGGUCUUGACUUGCCAGAGAAUGUUGGGGGCCUUGGCAGCUUGGAGGCCCUCAGGUUGCAUGGCUGCCGGCUUCCGGCUUCCUUCACCACCAUCUCCUCCCUCACAAGCCUUGACCUGAACAAAUGCUGGCCAGCCGAGCUUCCAGAAGCCUUGGGGGAGUUGAGCAGUCUACAGGAGCUGAAGAUCGAUCAGCUUGCAGUCAGCCAGCUUCCUGGCUCUCUAACGCGGCUUACUGCACUUCACACCCUCGAGGUCAGAAACUGCAACUCGCUCUCGGAAGCACCCAUGGGGCUGGAUGCGCUCGUGGGGCUGAAGCGGCUGGAGCUGACGGGAUGUCGGCAGCUGAGUGAAGCCCCUGCUGGUCUGCCCCCUUCUCUUGAGACUCUCUGCUUGGGGCCCUUCAGGGAAGGCUCUUCCCUUGUUGUGGAUAUUUCCAAGCUGUCACAGCUGAGGGUGCUGAAGCUGAAGUGCGUUGGGGUUGUAUGUGGGCAUGCAGCGGCCGAGAGGUUGUUGGUCCUGGGACAGCAGGGGCCGAUUCAGCAGCUGGAGCAGGAGUUUGAAGGAGUAAGCCAGGCGCCCCUGAAUCAGCUGGAGGAGCUCGAGAUGCGUCUCCAAGGAAUGAGUCAGGAAUUCCUGCUUCCCUCAAAUGUUCUUCCUCGCCUGCGCAGCUUGCUCAUAGACGCGCCGGGAAUCUGCAGCCUCCCGGUAAACAUGGCAGCAGCGGUGCCAGACCUACGGCAGCUGAAGCUUCUUUCAUGGGCGCCGGAAGAGCUGCCACGUGCCAUACUAGAGCUCUCAAGGCUGACGUCAUUGACCAUCCAUGCACCACAGCUCACUUCACUACCUGAGGGCGUGAGCUGCUUGUCCCGGCUGCGCAAAGUGGAGUUGAUUCGCUGCAGCGCCUUGCAGCACCUCCCGGAGAGCCUCACCCACGUGCAGCAGUUGGUGCUGCUGCAGGACACCUCCCUCCCCUCCCUUCCUGCGGGUCUGGUGCAGCUGCGUCCGCUGGAGGUCUCGCUUGCUGCUGAAUGA